GGGGGCGUCGGCGCGGGGCCAGGCCGCUCCCUGCAGGCGCCCCGCCCGCCCGUGCGCCGGGCCUCUCGCUCCCGGGGACACCGCCACCUCCCACCUCUCAUUUUAAGCCCUUAGACGGGCUUCAGCCUUUCUCUGCGCGCGACUGUGAAGGUCCACAUGGGCUUCUGCGUCGUAGGCAUUGUUACGAUGUUCAGUGCCAAUUCUCUGAUGUGGACCUUCUUCAGCCGGGGCCUCAGUUUCUCCAUGUCAUCAGCCAUUGCAUCGGUCACAGUGACCUUUUCAAACAUCCUCAGCUCGAGCUGCAGAUCCGCCACGUGGACCUCAUGAAGCAGGACAACGCCGCCGCCCACCACACGGCCGACUUCCAGACGCCCGCCCUGGUGCUGCGCCGGGGGCAGGUGUUCACCCUGCGGCUGCAGCUGAGCCAGCCGCUGCAGCCCGGGCAGGACCACCUGACCCUGCAGUUCAGCAUGGGACUUGAGCCUAGCGUAUCCAGGCACACCCUGAUCUCCCUGGACCUGCAGUCGUCCGCCAGCUGGCACGGCUGGAGGGCCAGCAUCCGCAGCCAGGCCGGCUCAGAGGUGGUCAUCGCCGUCACCAGCGCCCCCCACGCCAUCGUGGGCGUGUACUCCCUGGAGGUGAAGAGCGGGCGGCACCUGUUCGAGCCCGAGGACAGCACUGUGUACCUGCUGUUCAACCCGUGGUGUCCAGACGACGCGGUCUUCCUGCCCACCGAGGAGGAACGGGCCGAGUACAUCCUGAGCGACACCGGCUACGUGUACAUGGGCUCCUUCCGCCAGGUCAAGGAGAAGCCCUGGAACUACGGCCAGUUUGAGAAGAACAUCCUCGACUGCUGCAUCUUCCUGAUGACCCAAAGCUACCUGAAGACCAUGGACAUGCGGGACCCCGUGAUGGUGGGGAGAAACAUGGGAGCCAUGGUCAACUCGCAGAACAAGGACGGCGUGCUGGUGGGGAACUGGUCCGGGGAGUACCAGGGGGGCACGGCGCCGCACCUGUGGACGGGCAGCGCGCCCAUCCUGCAGCGGUACUACAGCACCAGGACGCCCGUGUCCUUCGGCCAGUGCUGGGUCUUCGCCGGCGUCCUGACCACGGUGCUGCGGGCGCUGGGGAUCCCCGCGCGCGCCGUGACGGUCUUCGACUCCGCCCACGACACGGAGGAGAACCUCACCCUGGACAUGUUCGUGAACGAGAUGGGCAAGACGGUGCCCAACAAGACCAACGACUCCAUCUGGAACUUCCACGUGUGGACGGAGGCCUGGAUGAAGCGCAAGGACCUGCCCCCGGGGAACGACGGCUGGCAGGUGGUGGACGGCACGCCGCAGGAGCUCAGCCAGGGGCUCUACUGCUGCGGGCCCUCGCCCGUGGCCGCCGUCCGCAGGGGCAACAUCUUCAUGGGCUACGACACCAAGUUCGUGUUCUCGGAGGUGAACGCCGACAAGCUGGUGUGGCUGGUGAGGACGGUGGGCAGGCGCGAGAAGGUCAGCCUGCUCUCGGUGGAGACCAUGAGCAUCGGCAAGAACAUCAGCACCAAGGCGGUGGGCCAGGACCGGCGCAGCGACAUCACGCACCAGUACAAGUUCCCUGAGGGCUCCUCGGACGAGAGGGCGAUCAUGGACCACGCCUUCUCACUGCUCAGCUUCCGGCGCGAGUACACGCUCCCGACCAAGGAGAACCUGCUGGAGCUGCUGGUGCAGGAGGAGCCGGUGCGGCUGGGGGACCCGCUCAACUUCUCCGUGACUCUGAGGAGGAAGGCCGCCACGCCCCAGACCGUCAUCUUCUCGGGCUCCUUCGACCUGCAGUCCUACACGGGCAGGCAGCUGGCGCACCUGGGCGUCGUGCAAAAGACCGUGCAUGUCAAAGAACAAGUGUCCAACGUGGUCCUGACCUGGGAAUCCGACACCUACACCGGCAGCCUCGACGCCUUCGACGACGAGCCAGUCGUCAAGGGGUUCAUCAUGGCGGAGGUCACGGAGACCCAGGAGACCAUAGCUACGGAGGUGUCGCUGUGCUUCCGGUACCCGCUCUUCACCAUAGAGCUGCCCAACACUGGCAGGGUCGGCAAGGAGCUCGUGUGCACCUGCAUCUUCAGGAACUCCCUGCUGAUCCCGCUGACCCAGGUCAGGUUCUCCAUAGAGAGCCUGGGCCUCUCCUCCGUGCAGAGCGUCAAGCAGGGGACGGUGCCACCUGGCCAGACUGUCCAGUCCCAGAUAAGGUGCGUCCCGGUGAGGGCGGGGCCCAGGAAGUUCAUCAUCAAGCUGAGCUCCCUGCAGGUGAAGGAGAUCCACGCGGAGAAGGUGGUGCUCAUCACCCAGUAGCUCUGCCCGCUGUGGGCGAGGCAGCAGCCCCGGGCCUCCGGGCCCAGCUUUCAGCACUCCCUCGAAGACCUAGCCGUAGACCAUGCAUGAUCAGCUUUGACUAUGCACGCACGCACACACGCACGCACAAACGCACAAACGCACAAACGCACGCACGCACGCAAGGGCAGUCAGGAGCCAGGGGCACGAGAGAGGAGUUCGAAGGCAGCCACACCGCUUGGCCAGAAACACCCAGCCUAGCCCCAGGAGCCCCCACCCUCUCUGGCUUGUGGCCCCCAACUGCGGUGCCACUGGCAUCCAGAUUCAGAACCCAGACGCCCAGGGCCGCAGGCAAGAGCUGCUGCCCGGAUGGGACCCUCCGUGCCCUGGUGCCUUGGGCUCGCCUGUGCCGGGGUCCCACUGGACAGGGCCUGCUGGUGACGUCAGGCCCUGGGGGAGCCUGGCCCUGCAGGGAGCCACCCAGGGACAGCCCCGGGCGGGCCAGGACCAGCUGGAGAAAGGUCUGAGCAGGCAGCCAGGCUCCUGUCCGUUCAGGCGCAGCCCCUGGAUCGAGCCCCUCCCCUCUGCCAAGCGGCCGCUGCUCUCUUGCUUGGGCUCCGAGCUGCUCUCGACAAUCAGACGCCUUUAAUUAAACUCUGCCUACUUCAGGACGA